AUGAACGAUUCUAUUGAUUCUGGUUAUUCAUUUACACCUAAAUAAUAAAAGAAACAAAGCUCUAUUCCUUUUUUAGUUAGUGAAGAAGUCAAAAAGAUAAUCUCUUUUAAUAUGACACCAUUUAAAGAAAAUAAUAAUUAUGAACAAAUUAAGACUCCAAUUACGGAAGGUUAUGAUAGAAAAUUGUAGGAUGCUAUUAAAUAAUUAGAAAUUGAAGAUUUAAUUACAGAUCCAAUUGAUUUCUUAUGUAGAAAUACUACAAAUAAUAUUAUUUGCUCAUUAAAUUUAAAUACAAUUUAACGAUCAAUUUUAUUUUAAUUACUCUCUAUUUUAGUAGAUGGUUUGGUGGUCAUAAUCUCAUAUAAUUAUGUAUUGCUUAAAGAAAAAUUAAGAAGAAUAUAAGAUGUCAUUUCAUGGGCAGCUAUAAAUCCUGAAGUACCUAAUCAUUAAAUUGAAUUCAUUGUUAAAAAUAUAUCAAGUAGAAAUAUUAAAUUAUUAAUUGUACAUCCAGAAUAAGCUAAUUUUAUUGAUUUAUCAAAUCUAGAUAUUAAAUUACUCUUAUUAGAUCAAUCUAAUUACUAUUUAUCUUUUUUAGAAAUAGGCAAAGUUUAAGCAGACCUUACUAAAUAUAUAUAAAAAGCCAAUGCUGAAUUUAUCCAUAUUCUAUUACCUAUAACUUAAAGUGUCUUUAUUUAGGAUAUUCGAUAAUUGCAACCCUUUAAUAGAACAUAUCUAACAUAUCGAGAGUAAAUUCAAUUAUCAAUAUAUUUAGAUCAUUCAGUCCAAAACCAUAAAUCACAUGUUCAAAAGAUGAGAGUCCUAUUAAAUCAUUGAUCUCUUUAUUAAGAAGUUAAAGACUUUAUAGAAAGACAGGUAUAGCUGUCUUUUGCCAUAAUGUCAGUGCAGUAGAAUCAGUGUAAUUUACUCUUUAAUAAAAUGGAUUUAAGAGUAAUUCGAUUCAUUAGAAAAAACCAGAAAACUAAAGAUAAGCUAGUUAUUAUGAUUUUGCUUCUUAAAAUAUUGAUAUUAUUGUAUUACCAAGUGGAUUCUAAUUGCCAGAAGGAUUAAAAAAUUUUGUAUACCUUUCUGUUCACUUAUAUUUACCCUUAAAUAUUGAAACUUACAUUUUGGAUAUAACAGAAUUAAAUAAAGAAGCCAAUUCUCAUAUAUUUUUAUGUGAUGACUAUUAUUUUACUUAAAGAGCAGAAUUAUGUUCAAAUUUUAUUUAAAUAGAAAAUUUGGCUAUUUUUAUGUAGGAAUGUGUUUAUACAAAUGAUUUAAUAUCAAAAGAUGAAAAUGAUAUUACUUAUUGGUUAACUAAAAAAUGGUUACAUUUAUAAAAUUCAGAAUAGUCUGAUACAAAAAUAAAAAAAAUACUAUUAAAUGAAUCAUCUUUAAAUUAUGAUUUUAGUAAAAAAUAAAUUUAACAAUUUCUAUAAGAAUUAGAAAAAGAGAAAUGGUUAGAAAUUUAAGUUGCAGUUCCAGUUGAAUUAAUUUUAUCAUAAUUACCAGAAGAUGAUGAAAUCUCUUAGAAUGUCUAAAUUUAUGGUAAGAAAUCAGGUAGUUUAAAUGGUUAUAAAUGUUAAGUUGAUGAUUUACUUAAAGGAUCUGUGAUGACACCAAUUUAAUUAAUAAAUAAAUUAAAAUAAUAAAAAGUUAAAUUUGAAAUUUCAGAAGAAGCAUAAAUAAUUAAAUUAACACAUUUCCCAUCAUAAUCUGAAUUAUAAGCAAAAGUUCUAGAUAUAUAUUCUGGUAUAAAAAGAUAGAAUAUUAUACGAAUUAACAAUUUAGAUUAAAUGUAUAACUUGGCAAGAACAGGAUCUUUUAGAUCUUUGGAAUAUAUGUGGAAAUAAAUCUAAUUAUAAAAGAAUUCAACAUAACUUACUGAUUUCAUUCAAUAAUAUUUAGAUUAGAAUGUUUAUUCUGAUUUAACAGGACACAAUAAUUUACCAUUUAUUAAACUUGAAACUUAAAGAGAAAAAUCAACUCUUUUGUAGGAUGUAAAGGUAUAUAUUAUAAAUAAUCCAUUAGUUUAUAAUUAAUUUUUACAAUAUAUUUGAUUUUGGAUUAUCAUGGAUUUAAAAAGAAAAUUGUGCAACAAAAAUCUUAGUAAUAUUAUAAGGUUUAAAAACAAGUAAAAAAGAGUUGAAAUCAUUACAUUAAUGGAAUAAAUAUAGAUAAUAUAAUUAUUUGAAAAUUCAUGAAAUGAUUCAUGAAUAAUUAGAAUAAUUAGAAACUAAAUUAUUGUGUUAAAGCAAGAAAAAAAUUAAAAUUUGA